AUGUAUGUGAAAUGGUUUGAUACAGGAAUGUUUUACUAUGUGAUUUUAGUGAAUGUCACUUUUUGUCAUUUUCAAAUUUCCCGCUGUUCCGUCCCCGUACGUCUGACGCUUGCAGGGGACAGAACCCAGAUGACAGAAGCCGGCAUCCGCCGGAGGACAUUAAAGGGGACACUGCAGGAGGGACAUCGUAGGAACGCAGGACAAGGUAAGUAAUCGAGGGAUCCCGGAGCAGCGCCGCAUGGUAUUCCCAAGUGUAGCUCAGGGUUACCGCUUUUGCUACACUCGGGAAUACCACCAGGGAGG